AUGUCCAAACCACCUAUCUUCAAGUGUCUCAACCCCAAAGACCGGUCAUAUCUAAGCACUGUACUUCGUCAGAAACAACAGCAAGAACAAGCCAAUAUGACUUCUGAGCAGACCUUCAUCGCUGUCAAGCCAGACGGUGUCCAGCGUGGCAUCGUCGGUGAGAUCAUCUCCCGUUUCGAGCGCCGUGGCUUCAAGCUUGUCGCCAUCAAGCUCAUCACCGCCAGCACCGAGCACCUCGAGAAGCACUACGCCGACUUGAGCGACAAGCCAUUCUUCAAGGGUCUCGUCACCUACAUGGCCAGCGGUCCAAUCUGCGCCAUGGUCUGGGAGGGCCGUGAGGUCGUCAAGACCGGCCGUCAAAUCCUCGGUGCCACCAACCCACUUGCCUCGCAGCCAGGCACCAUCCGUGGUGACUUCGCCAUCGACGUCGGCCGCAACGUCUGCCACGGCUCCGAUGCUGUCGAGUCUGCUCAGAAGGAGAUUGCUCUCUGGUUCAGCAAGGAGGAGGUCCAGAGCUGGAAGUCCGCUCAGCACGAGUGGGUCUACGAGAAAUAG